AUGUCAAAAUUUUUUAUGAUGGCAAAAAUCGUCGAAAAAAAGAACAGGAAAGUCGGAGACUGUCCAGAUAGCAAGAAGGCAAAGGACGAAACCUUGCAGAAUGGUAUGGAUCCAGCGGCCUUUAGCGCCUUGAUGAAGGAAAAAAUGAAUCCAUCGCCGAAGUUAAAGAAAGAAGUUGAAGAGCUCGAAAUGAAGCUGGAAAAAGUGACAAAAGACGCAGAUGCCCUGACUGAAUCGAUGAUGAAGAAUACGCAUCGAACUUCAACCCAAAAACGUGAUGACAAAGAUGACGAUGACAAGCUCCAGAAACUCAUCGAUGAGAAAGAAAUCCUAGAAAGCAAAUUAUUCCGGCUCACUGUCUUCAGAGCAAAUAUAUCCAUCCACUUCAAGCCAAGAUACGAUCUGCUAAACUCCGAAGAGAAUCAUAAGCCGAAAGAGAAAACCAUGGUAGCCAAGACGAAGAACAAUGUCGAUGCCGUUCAGGUGGUGGAGGACAAUGACCGAACCUGCUGCAUCUGCGCGAAUGAAAUCAAAAUUUGGGCGAUCGGCAAGUGCAAGCACCCAGUGUGCUACAUUUGCAGCUCUCGAAUGCGUGUGCUCAACAAGAAAGAAACGAAGCACAAGGAUCUCUGCGCCGUUUGUAAGACCGAAAUUCCUGACGUGAUUUUCCACACUUCCAUGUUCGAAUUCGACGCUAUCAAUAUCAGCUCUCUCGACAGGGAUGCAGCGUCUGGCAUCUGUUUCUUCAACUCGGACUCAAGAGACAAAUUCGAAGAUUUGCAAAAAGAAGCUUGCCAUAUAUGCACUAAGGCAAAGUCGUUUGUGGCGGAAGAAUUCGACGACCUCAAAAUCCACAUGCGCCGUAAGCACGACUUGCACCACUGUGAAAUAUGCAAGUCGCAUUAUCUUCUGUUUCCACGCGAACGAAAGUGGUAUGGACGCAAAGAGCUAGCUAGCCACAAAAUUAAAGGAGAUGUUGAUGAUAAGUCCCACAAAGGGCACCCUAAUUGUCAGUUCUGCAAGGACCGCUACUUGGACAAGGAAGAGUUGUACCGACAUUUAAUGAAGGAGCAUUACAACUGCCACAUCUGCGAGUCGAAAGAUGGGAAGAAAGAGUUCAUGGAAAGCAUGCGAGAAAUGGUGAAGCAUUUUCGAAAGGACCACUACCUCUGUGAGCAUCCGGACUGCAAGGAGAACCCACUGACAGCUGUAUUUUCCGACGAAGUUAACUUUCAAAUUCACGUCUCGAAUAAACACGGCGGAAUCGACAAGAAAGAUAUUCGGAUGGACAUUGGUCUUUCAAGGAAUGCUGUUGACAUGCAGCAAGAAAUAGAAGAGCAAAUCCAGGAGCAGCAAAAUCAAACCGCGCCUGACAUGGAAAACGAAGAGGAAUUUCCCACAAUGGGCGGCAAGAAGAAGAACGGGUUCACUUUUCACGCCGCUAAGACAGGCCUUCCUCAAAGCAACUCGAGUAUGUCUAGCAGAAUUAGCCAAGGAACGAACCGGAACGUAGCGCACCAGAACUAUCGCUCGUUAGGAAACAACAAACAGAUCUCGGACGCUGAGGAGUUCCCAACUCUCGGAGGCGGCAAUGCCCGAGCUCCGAUCAAUCCCAACUGGAAAGCCAAGGCUAUACAAAACAACAAACCUAUCACACGACCAAAUGUGAUUUCUUCUUCAAAAUCGAAGAACAAAUCAGCGCCUACCCCAAAAGUUACUAUCCCUGUCCAAAAUUCAGCCACUGCCGCUCUCUACGCUGCUUCUCAGGGUCAAUCGUGGAGCCAAGAGCCUGAUGUUUUCGUCGAAAAAUCGCAGCUACAGCUUGAAGCAGAGCGCAAAACUCGACUCGCUGAAGAACGCGCGACACAGCCCAAGAAAAGCGCCCCACAGCGUGACCACAGUCAAUUUCCUUCUCUUGGUGGAGGUGCUCCCAAGCCAAAUGCGUUCUGGGGCGUCCCAGGUGCUUCCAUUCCCAAGUCUAACACUGGCAAGAAGAAGGGCAAGCAAAAAGUUCUUCCGCGUCCAGAUAUUCUUCCCGGGCAGGCUCCGCUGCCAGUGUCGCAUAAACCGUCACCUGCUAAAUCAAAAGCGCCAACGCAGACGCCGCCUCCUCCCCAAGCGCAACAUUUCACGAAAAAUCAGAAACGUGUUGAAUCUGACGUCACACGUGGCGAAGCUAACUCUGCCUCCGAUCUUGCUGCUCGAUUUGGUGGCGGAUACUCAGGAUGGAGUGCUCCACCAGAGACUUUUCAGGAAAAGUCGCUGCUAGAGAUCGAAGAUGAAAGAAGACGGACACACGCUCCUAAAGUGAAAAAUCAAAGGGCUCCAAAACUAGAGGAGUUUCCUACUUUAGGAGGAAGCAAACCUGCAGCACCAGCCGGCUUCUGGGGCGUCCCUGGAGCGGCUACGAAAAAAGCGCCAGGCUCCGGAAAAGGUAAAAAUGCGAAGAAACAGCCCGUGCCUAUGCCAGCAAAGAAAGCUGAUGUUCAAAAACCCGUCAAAAAACAAAUAAAAGAAACAGUUCAUGAAACCCAAAAACCCAAAAAGAAGAAUGCGGUUAUCUAUGCAGCUCCGGAGCCUGUUCCUGAAACUCAAAAUGCGUCGCAGCUUGCUCAGAGAAUGACUGGUGGCUACUCGGGUUGGUCGGCGCCGCCCACAGUCUUCGUUGAGAAAAGUUUGCUCGAAAUUCAAGAUGAAGAGCGAAGAAACAAGCACAAACAGAAUGCGCAGAAUAACGGAGGGCCGAAUUGGAGUCCCAAAGAUGACAGUGCGUUUCCCUCUCUAGGCGGGGAAUUCGAAGCGGCUGUUCCAACUGUAAGCGGUUUCGCAAGUAUGUUGGCAAAAGAGCCAACAAAGAAUGAACAGAAGAAAGUAGCUAAGGAAGAAGAACGAAAAAGUCAGCCUGAUUUCGUUGUUUCAAAUGAGCAAGAUUUCCCCGCUUUUGAGAAUAGUCAACAGAUCUAUGAUGAAUCCAGCGAGGAAGAGAGUGACUCAGAAGUUGAUAUGGCGGCGGUUAAUCAGCGUCUGCGCGACGCCAUCGCUCAGAUGAGCGCCAAACUACAAGAGAGAUUCAAGAUUUGCUCGGGCAAAUUCCGUACGGGUCAAAUCACGGCGGACGAUUACGUGAAAGAAGGCUCAUCGAUUAUGGGCAAGAAAGCUUUUGUGAAGUUGAUUCCUGACCUGCUGGCUACUCUUCCUGAUGGCAAACACAAGAAAGCCCUUGCUACUGCUCAUAAAAAACUGUGA